AUGGCUUCAUUCAACACCAGAGAAGGACCCUCGAGCUAUUCCUCGGGUCAAGGUCGAAGUUGUGCCUGGUUUCCCCCGCAGCAACCCGCUGCCGCCGGCAAGAGACCUCGGAAGAACAGCAGCAAUAACAGAAGGGGUGGCUUCGGCUGCCAUCAAAGCAACGCCAAUUCUGUGGACGCAGAUGGCGAUAUCAACAAGAGGGAGAGAAAAGGACGACGAGCUGGCUUUGGCCGCCGUCAGAAGCCCACUGCGUCAUUUAUGGACGCAGAUGGAGAUAAUACUAUUGGGGAGAUAAAGGAAAGAAAGGAGCGACGAGCUGGCUUCGGCCGUCGACAGAAUCGCACUGUGCCUUUGAUAGACGCAGAUGGAGAUGUUAUCAUGGGGGGGAUAGAGACCUUUAGGAUCUGUCCUCGGGUGGAUGCGGAUGGAGACGUGGAGAUGGUGGAUAUUGAUAUGUAUGAGUUGUGGAAGAAUAAAAAUCUCAUGAAGAGGGGCAAUAAGCAGAAUCCAAACAAGAUGUCUGUAAGAAUGCAAACGAGAGAGAAGCCUCGCAGUGUGCCAGGAAGACAGGCACAGGAUCCUCAAGGAGAGAGCACGAGACACAAACCUGGAAGGAGACAAAGAAAGUUCGCACCGGGGAGUGGAAACCAGCGAAAGGAAGCAGAUUGUAUGUCGCAGUCCCGGUCAGGGUUUUUACCUGGCACAUAUGGCCAGGAUGUUUCCCUUGACUGUAUCAUCACCUAA